CCGCUUUAGAGACUACACAAAAAAAGAAAGAAAAAAAACGCUGAAACGUGAAUGAGAGGAUUUUGAGGGAGCUGAGACAGCGCGAGAAAUGUCGAGAGACGGAGAGGAAGAGAGUGUGGAGGAGGGGGCACCUUCGAGCGGCAUCAUCAGAGUGAGAGCGAGGCAUGACCCUUUUCUGGUGGUCUGUAGGUGUUUCAGCGUCAUCACCGCCGCCGUCGCCCUCCUCUGCAUUGCAGUCAAUGUUAUGUCCGCCAUUCGAUCCUUCGAGAAUGGAUCUGAUAUAUUCGAUGGGAUAUUUCGGUGUUACGCGGUUCUGAUUGCGUGCUUUGUGGUUCUGGCUGAGACGGAAUGGGCAUUCAUACUGAAGUUCUGGCAGGUUUGCUUUGUUGAUUUGCGUUGUGAAUUGUUGUUUUAACGAAUUUGAAUUUGA